AUGACUAUCAAAGUACCAUCGAUUGAAUUGGCUAUUAUUGGAGGAACUGGAUUCUAUCGUUUGCACACACACUCUAAACUUUUAGAAUUAAAGCAAACUAUCCCCGUCGCAAAAACUCCAUGGGGUGAAACUUCAUCUCCAAUAGAAAUUUAUCAAGUUUCAAAUACAAAUCUGCAUGUUGCAUUCUUGUCAAGACAUGGCGAAGAUCAUCAAUUCCCACCCACAAAAGUGCCAUUUGCCGCUAAUUUAUCAUUUUUAAAACAUAUUGGUGUUAAAAGUAUCUUAAGCUUUAGUAGUGUAGGUUCUCUAAGAGAAGAGAUUAAGCCCGGUGAUUUUGUAUUACCAGAUCAAAUAAUCGAUCGUACAAAGGGCGAAAGGCUUUCCAGUUAUUUCAAUGAAGUCGGCUUGGUAGGGCAUGUUAGUUUUGGUGAACCCUUUUCACACGAUUUGCAAAAAUUCAUCAUUGAUAAUGUCAAUUGUGUGGACUUCCAUGUUAAUGGCACACUGAUUUGUAUGGAAGGGCCUCAAUUCUCCACUAGAGCUGAAAGUGUAAUGUACAAAGAUGCCUUUAAAGCUUCUAUCAUCAAUAUGUCUGUUGUCCCAGAAGCUAAAUUAGCUCGAGAAUUAGAACUGCCCUAUCAAAUGUGUUGUAUGUGUACUGAUUAUGACUCUUGGCGUGUUCAUGAAGAUGUUGUUACCAUUGAUGAAAUCAAAAAAACUCUGCAUCAAAAUUCUGUAAAUUCCAUUAAAGUUGUCACUCAAUUUAUCGAAGCUUUAAUCAGUAACCCGCCAUCUUUUAUCACUACCAAGAACCCAUAUAAAGGUAUGACUAAGCGUAGCAUUAGUACUAAAACCAGUGACGAAUAUAUUACCCAGGAUUUAAAACAAAAAAUUCUUUACAUUUUCCCAGAUUGGUUUAUUUAG